AUGGCAGGAUCCCUUCUCUUGCCCCUGCAGAUCCUACUACUGACCUUAGUCCUGGGAUCUGCUGGCCAAGGUGACAAGUGCGGGGAGAAGAUUAUUGAUGGAGUCCCAUGUACAAGAGGCUCCCAACCCUGGCAGGUGGCCCGGCUCAGAGGCAAUCAGCUCCACUGUGGAGGUGUGCUGCUCAAUGAACAGUGGGUGCUCACUGCUGCCCACUGCAUGAUGAGUGAAUACAACGUGCACAUGGGCAGUGAUCAGCUGGGUGAUAACAGAGCUCAGAAGAUCCGGGCCACAAGGUCAUUCCGCCACCCCGGAUACUCCACUCAGACCCAUGUUAAUGACCUCAUGCUUGUGAAGCUAAGUAGACGAGCCAGGCUAUCGAGUGUGAGGAAAGUCAACCUGCCCUCCCGCUGUGAACCCCCUGGGACCACAUGCACCGUUUCUGGCUGGGGCACCACCACCAGCCCUGAUGUGACCUUUCCAUCAGAGCUCAUGUGCACGGAUGUCAAGCUCAUCUCCUCCCAGGAUUGCAAGAAGGUUUACAAGGACCUACUGGGAAAAUCCAUGCUGUGUGCUGGCAUCCCCAACUCCAAGACCAACGCCUGCAACGGUGAUUCAGGGGGACCACUGAUGUGCAAAGGUACCCUGCAAGGCCUGGUGUCCUGGGGAACUUUCCCUUGUGGCCAACCCAAUGACCCAGGUGUCUAUACCCAAGUCUGCAAGUAUGUCAGAUGGAUAAAUGAGACCAUGAGAAAGCAUUGCUAAUCUCUGCAUCCCUCCCAUCUCUCCAUCCAUACGCCCUCAACAAGAAAUUCAGAGAAAUAAGGAUGUGAUGAACUGUAGUCAUAUUUGACUUUACCUUUCCUCAAAGACGUAUUAAAACCUCAACAAUACGCC